AUGGCUGCUCCUGCUCCAGUUGCUAUAGGCACAAGGGGCACAAUUGGAUCUCUAGUCAGGAAGGAAAUUGAAUACUUCGCCAAGUUUGAGUUAGAAAAACGAGGGAAUUCACAGAAGCCUCAGCCACACUUUGUGGACAUGGUUUCUAGCAGAGGCUAUUCCACGUCCAGGCCAGGUUUCUGGUUCUUGUUAAUGACAGGGAAGAAGAGGAAGCCAAGAGGUACAAAUGGGUUUCUCCCAAAAAUAUGUUCUGUUGCAGAAGUAGCAGAAAACAAUCAAUUGAAAAGGAUUCCUGGUUAUAGCUACAGGAUCCUCAAGGAUGACAUCAACAACCUUCAGCUCUAA